ACUUGCCCGAGACUCGUCCCUUCAGACCUCGUCUUGGGGUGAAUUAUUAACUGGAUUUCGCUCUAAAGUCGCUUUUCUGUUGUUGAUUGAAGUCAUCGUUGCUGAGCCAAUCAAACAUGGUAUUCUUCGUCUGUGGAUCUUGUGGUGCAUCACUCAAGAAAAACCAGGUGGAGAAGCACUGUGCUUUCCGUUGCCGCUAUGUCGAGUAUGUGUCCUGCAUGGAUUGCAACAAAGAGUUUUGGGGCCAGGAGUAUGCCAACCAUUUCAAGUGCAUAACAGAAGACCAGAAGUAUGGUGGCAGCAACUACGUGCAGAAGGAAAACAAAGGCGAGAAGAAGCAGGAGGCCUGGAUAGCCAACGUCCAGGAACACGUUCGCGUCACGCCCAACAUGGAUCCACAGCUGCAAGAGAUCCUCAACCGCAUUAUUGUCUUCACAAACAUUCCACGUAAAAAGACGAAGUUUGAGAACUUCCUGGCGAACUGCAUGAGGAUUAGGGAUCCACAGAUCUUGGAGAAGGCAUGGAAGGUGUUUGACGAGGCAAAGAAGAAAGAACAGAUGAAAAAAGAAAAUGAGGGCGAUAACAGCAAAAACAACAAAGAAGGGAAGAAGAGGAAGGCAUCAGAUGAAAAGGAGAAUGACUCGGCCAAGAAGAAUGGGGUAGAUGGUGGGGGAGAUUUGGAGGAACCCAAGAAGAAGAAGAAAAAGAAGAACAAACAUCAAGAAGGUGAAGAGGAGAACGAACAAGAAAACGCAUGCAAAGAGGUGAAUGGGACAGCUUUGGAGGAGGCGGAGACAGUAAACGGAAGCACUGUCGCGGGCGAGUGUCCGUCGCCCUUUAAAUGGAAAACUGCCAUAACCAAGUGCCUACAGACAGCUCCAGAGAAAGGACUCAAGAUCAACAAGCUUAAGAAAAUGGUGUUUGGAGAAUAUUAUGCUGUGCAUGGAGCUGAUGGUCAUGUCAAGUCAGAAACUGAACUAUGCUCGCUGCUCAACAAAAAGCUCUCCAACAGAACUGACAAAUAUGUAGUUGUUAAAGACAGAGUUAAACUAAGAAGUACAACUGAGUAGAAUUAGAGUUUUGAUGGAAAGAGUCUUUGUAAACCAUUAUUUAAUUUCACAGUACUUUACAGUAAGUAUGAUAAGUUGUUUAAAGAAUAUUUUCUAAUAAAUAUUGUUGAUUGACA